AUGAAGGAGACGAUCCCCGGCGGGGCCAAGUACGCGGCCAUCAAGGCCAAGCUGCGGGAGCUGAAGCUGCACACCGUCUGCGAGGAGGCGCGCUGCCCCAACCUCGGCGAGUGCUGGUCGGGCGGCGAGACCGGCACCGCCACUGCCACCAUCAUGAUCCUCGGUGACACCUGCACGCGCGGAUGCAGCGCGUAUGUCCCGCAAGUAGGCCACAAUGAGAACACCAAGAGGGAGUUCUGGGAAGGCCUGGAAGACAUGGUUAGGAGUGUACCGAUUGGUGAGAAACUCUUCAUAGGAGGAGACCUCAAUGGCCACAUUCGUGUCCAGCGGGAUAAGCGUGCCAAAGUCGCUAGAACGAAGUGGUGGAAGCUCAAGGGGGAGCGCAGGCCUCCAGAAGCUCCGGUGCAUAGUGGACGGCUAAAGCGUGCGGAGAAUGUCAAGAGAGGGCGGGGUAGACCGAAUUUGACAUGGGAGGAGUCCGUUAAGAGAGACCUGAAGGAUUGGAGUAUCACCAAAGAGCUAGCUAUGGACAGGGCUGUGUCCUCAUAUUUACGUGGCCCUGCCAGAUUUUGCAAUGUCAAGACAUCACGAACCCCUCCUCCACCAGAUCCUAAUGAGCCUGCCAAUGUUGCGCAAGCUAUUGCAUCGUGGGGCCUUGAAUAUAUAGUCAUCACAAGUGUGGAUCGGGAUGAUUUACCUGAUCAGGGGAGUGGCCAUUUUGCUGAAACAGUACAGAGGCUGAAGACUUUAAAGCCAGAUAUGCUUAUUGAAGCGCUUGUGCCUGAUUUCCAAGGAGAUCGAAGUUGUGUAGAAAAGGUAGCAACUUCCGGUUUGCAUGUUUUUGCACACAAUAUUGAAACGGUGGAAGAGCUUCAAAGAAGUGUGCGAGACCACCGUGCAAAUUUUAAGCAAUCAAUGGAUGUUCUGAAAAUGGCGAAGGAGUAUGCCCCUCCUGGCACCCUCACAAAGACAUCAGUCAUGCUGGGUUGUGGGGAGACUCCCGAUCAGGUUAUCAGCACAAUGGAAAAGGUGCGAGCUGCUGGUGUUGAUGUCAUUACAUUUGGUCAGUACAUGAGGCCGUCAAAGCGACAUAUGCCAGUGUCUGAGUAUAUUACACCUGAAGCCUUCGAGAACUACCGCGCCCUUGGUGUUGAAAUGGGAUUCCGUUAUGUUGCAUCUGGUCCGAUGGUUCGGUCCUCUUACAAAGCAGGCGAAUUCUACAUCAAAGCCAUGAUCGAAGAUGACCGAGCAAAAUCAGGUGCUGUUGCAGACUCAAGUUGCUAG